AUGGACGUGUCUCCUCUUCUCUUGGACAGUAUUACUAAGAUUCUGUGUAAAAAUCAGGGGUGUUUACAGUACGGCCACUUGUGCCGGAUAAUACGCCAAACGUUUACCAUUGAUGAUGAGCUACUUCUCCGCGUCCUCGGCGACAGCACCAGAUUUGCCAUUAUUGAAGGAAAAGAAGAAGUCGCGGUUCGUGCGCUAAGCCAGAACAGUACAGUUGUUGCGAAGACUUCGCUUCGAGUCUGCCAGAGCUUCCCAGAGAACUGCGACGGCUGCGAAGCCCUGCACCUGUGCAGAUACUUUGUGUGCGGUAACUGCAGAUACAGGGAUAAAUGCAAAUAUUGCCAUGACUUGGACUCUACCUACAACAUAGCAGCUCUGAAGAGAACGGGUCUGCAGAACAUGGAGGAGAAAGAGCUGUUCCAGCUGCUCCUGCGGAAUGACUCGUACCUGCUGCCAGAGAUCUGCACACAUUACAACAAGGGUGACGGAGAGCACGGUGCCUGUGUGUUCAGAGCAGACUGCAACAGCCUGCACAUCUGUAAGCACUUCGUACAGGACGACUGCAUGUUCGGGUCUGCGUGCAGGCGGGCCCACAUGUUCAACCACCAGGCCAAGAGGAUCCUGAAAGGCAGAGGUCUCAGUCAGGACAACAUGCAGGUCCUGCGCAAGAUCUACAAGAACAAGUUCAUGAUCACUGGCUGCACAGACAGACCCGAUGACCCGUCAGUAGAGAAAGAGCCCCACCACCGUCGGUCGAAAGAGGCAAGCAGAAACGAGAUCUGCAUGUUCUUCAUCCGCAACAAUUGCCAUUUCAAAGAGAAGUGCUUCUGUGUCCACUUCCACCUGCCCUACAAAUGGCAGGCUUUGGACAGUGAUGGAACCACCUGGAGGGACCUUCCCAAUAAUGAGGAUAUUGAAGAGGCCUUCUGUGACCCAAAGAACAAUAUGAGUGAAGGGCCCUGUCCAGUGAAUUUUCGGACCAUGACCUGUGGGUCUGCUGAGGUGCGACGGCUCUCCACCGUCUCCUCUGUCACCAAACCCUCCAACUUCAUCCUCACCACUGAGUGGCUGUGGUACCGCAGGGGUGACCUGGGAAUGUGGUCCGAGUACAAUGUUAAGGCUGAUGGAAAAGCAGUGACCUCCAUCACAUCACAAACCCUGGAAAAUGCCUAUCAGGAUGAUCCUAAAAGGGAGAUAAAGUUCAGCACUGAUGGUCAGAAGUAUGUUCUCAGCUUUAAAGGCAUGUAUGAGUUGAAUGCCAAGCACAACAUGAAGAGACCCCUCCGGAGGAGACCGCGAUUUCUCUCAGCCUUGGAGGUGAAGAAAGCGCUGGAGAGUGAGACUGCAGAGACCUCCACGGCUUCCACUGUGUGUGGUUCUCCGUGCCACAGGCGAUAA